AUGAGCGUCACUUUGGACGUACGACUCAAAAGGGCCAAUAAAGUUUAUCAUGAGGGGGAGUCUGUGGCCGGCGUCAUCGUGCUGGCAUGCAGGGAGCCAAUACAGCACCACGGCAUCUCCCUGAGCAUGGAGGGCCUGGUCAACCUGCAGCUGAGUUCCAAAAGCGUAGGCGUCUUUGAGGCCUUUUACAACUCAGUCAAGCCUAUAACUUUGAUCAGCAGCAGCAUUGAGGUGGCAAAGGCCGGAAAGAUUCCAGGAGGCAAGACUGAAAUCCCCUUCGAGUUCCCACUCAACGCCAAAGCCAAUAAAACUCUGUACGAGACCUACCACGGAGUCUUCGUCAACAUCCAGUACUCUCUCCGCUGUGAUUUGAAGCGCUCCCUGCUGGCCAAAGAUCUCAGCAGGAACUGCGAGUUCAUCGUGCACAGCCAGCCACAGAAAUCCCAUGUGGGCACCACCCCAGUAAACUUCACUAUCACUCCAGACACCCUGCAGAACGUCCGCGAGCGGAGUUCGCUGCCAAAGUUCCUCAUCCGAGGCCACCUGGACAACACCACCUGCAUCAUAAACAGGCCGCUGACCGGAGAACUGAUGGUGGAGAGCUCCGACGUUCCCAUCAAGAGCAUCGAGCUGCAGCUGGUUCGAGUGGAGACGUGCGGUUGUGCUGAAGGCUACGCCAGAGACGCGACAGAGAUCCAGAACAUCCAGAUAGCUGAGGGCGACGUCUGCCGUGGGCUGCCCAUUCCCAUAUACAUGGUGUUCCCCAGGCUCUUCACCUGUCCAACCUUGGAGACGACCAACUUUAAAGUCGAGUUUGAAAUCAACAUCGUCACAGUGCUCCAUGACGACCACCUGAUCACGGAGAACUUUCCUCUGAAGCUAUGCAGGGUCUGA